AUUUUUUUCCUUUAAUUUUAAUAGCUAUUAUAUUUUUUUAAUAUUUUUUAAUUUUUAUAUUUGUUUGAUUUUAGGCAUAUUGUUCCUCGGAUUAUCAACUAGUUACAUACGCACUGAAGAAGUAACGAUAAGUAGCACAGAUAAUUCCGUUGAAACAAGUGAGGCCAUAACAGUCACUAUACAUAAAGAAUAUAAUGAAACAACGGAAAACUGGUCUACAACAAAUAGUUUUAUGAACAAUUUAACUGAAAAUGUAACAAAUAACGUAACAGUUUCAGAAGCAAAGGAUAUACAUGAAACGUCUACACCAACCAAUUUGUCUCCAUCCUCAGAGACUUCUGUGAUAACGUCAGUAAAUGAUACUACAAUUAAUUUAACAUUUGAAAGUACAGAAAAGGCUACAACUAUAUCUUCAAACAUAUUUGAAACAACUACGUAUAGUACACUAUCCUAUGACUUUACCUCAACAACCGAAGAAAAUUUGUCUUCUUUAUAUAUUAAUUCAACACUUGAAAGUGUUGAUACAAAUAACAUAACAUCUGAUUUAAAUAUAUCUUACACUACCCAGUUUCCAGAAACAACAACUGAAUCAGAAACAGAAACUGGUGUCAGUAUUCCCGAUUAUAGUACUGAAUCAAUUGCAACUACAACACAGUCUACGAAUAGCAAUAAUAUAACAGAAAACGCUACGUUUUCUAGAGAGAAAGGAAAUGAAACAACUACCGAAUCGAAUAUAACUGAAGAUAUCACCACAUCGGUAGAAACUAUAACAUUAAAUCGAACAAAAAAUGGAUCAGAGGAAGACACAACGGUUCCUAUUACCUUCGAUGACACUACUGAACCAUCCACAUUCACAUCAAAAUUAACGCAUGAAACUAGUACAACUGUGAGGAGUACAGUUUUUGAAGAAAGAAAUGAAACGACUUUUGAAGUAACAACAAAAUUAUCUACAGAAUUUUCACCAGAUAUGACACGAACGGAUCAAAAUGGUAGUGAUUUAAGUAUUUCCACCUCUGAACCUGAAACUAUUACAGAAAGUGUUACUACGACAACAGAAGACUUGACUGUAAAUGGAACAGAAUUAUCAUCUACAGAAUACCAUGGAACGGAAACAACUACAGAAAGUGUUACUACGACAACAGAAGACUUGACUGUAAAUGGAACAGAAUUAUCAUCUACAGAAUACCAUGGAACGGAAACAACUACAGAAAGUGUUACUACGACAACAGAAGACUUGACUGUAAAUGGAACAGAAUCAUCAUCUACAAAAUACCAUGGAACGGAAACAACUACAGAAAGUGUUACUACGACAACAGAAGACUUGACUGUAAAUGGAACAGAAUCAUCUACAAAACACAGUGAAACGGAAACAAUUACAGACUCUAUUACUACAGCAGAAAUAACUACGGACUACAUUACUACAACAGAAACAUUUACAAAACUGAAUAUAACUGAAACUGAUCGAUUCCAAAAUGAUACUGAUCAAAAUAUUUCAACUUCUAGUUUACUCUCAACCGAAACAAGUAGUUUAUUUGACAAUUUGACGACAUUUGAAGACGUUUUACCAAAUUCAACAGCAUCAGAUUUUUACUCUUCAAAAAGUCCUGGUUUGGAAAUUUCAAAUACUUCUGAAUUAACUACAGUUUCAGUAACAGAAAAAGAAAUGACGGCAACAACAAUCAAUUAUACUGAAGUAGUAACAGAUUCAACUGAACAUGAGAAAAAUUUAACAAAUACAACAGAUAAAUGGGAAACCACCGAAACUGGAAUUUCAUUUGAAAGUAACUUAACAACCACUGAAUCCGUUUCUGACAGUACUAGUGUAUCGUGGCCAACAACUAAACCAGAAAGCAGAGAAAAUGAAACAGAAACCGAUUCCGAAAUUUCAACAACUGGACUUACAACUGAUUUUUCGGGGGAUUCAAGUGUUUCUGGUACAUACAAAUUCACAUUUAAUUAUACAGAACAAGAUGAUACUACUGAACAAUUAAAUACCACAACAGAACUUCCAACGAGCACAGUUUCCUUAACCACAUAUUCAUCAGACGAACCUUUAACUACUACAGAAGAUAUGAUAACAACUAAAGAAACGUUAACUGUAUCAUCUAUUGAUGUUAGUUCAAGUAAUGAGAGUAGUAUUACAUAUCUUACAACUGAAAGUAUUUUUAAUGAAACUUCCACCGAAAACCAGACUAUUGACAGUAGUACCAUUGAAACUACGCAAAAUAUGACAAUACAUAUUGAUAUUAAUAAAACAAGCACAGUUGAGAGUACUACUAUACAUACAAUUCCAACUACAUAUUCAACCGAAAUACAAAAUGUAACCGAUGAAAUAUCAUCUGUUUCUUCUACGAUAUCUGAAAUUCCAACAACUUUAGGUUCUAGUACAGAUUCAGAAACAAAAUCUAGCUUAUCAACAACAGAUGAAAUAGAAAGUACAAAAACCGAAAAUGUUUCUACAGAUCAUCCUUCAACUUUAAUUACAUCAACUGAAAUUCCUAUAAAAAUGGAAAGGCAACUCCAAAACUUGACAUUAAAAGAAUUAGGAAAUGUAAUAACAGUUGUAUUUCUUGCUUCAAAUACUGAGCUCUAUUCUAAUUGGAACACAACUUAUGAAGAGAUUUUUCAGAGUCAUUUAUUAUCUUUUUUGGAUUCAUAUCUUGCAGAAAUGGAAAACAAUAAAACAAUUAAAGAAGACGUCGUUCUCAAAGCCAAAGUACUAAGUCCAGAACACUUUAAAACUUCAAGAAGCAUCGUUUACAUUUCUCCUUAUCCUUUAGUUAAAGCUGAACAACUUUUUAUUAGUUUCUUUAUUCAAGAUAAUUUGAAAAAUGAAACUGAAAGAAUUAUAUCAUCAAAUAUUACUAUUGAAGUUAUAAAAAGGCACAAGUCUGAGUUACAGAAUGAAUUAGGACUUAACAUCACAGAUAUAUUUCAAGGGGUGGCAAUAGAUAUUGAUCGUAAUAACGUUACUGAGCCUCAAAAAUCAUUUUUAGAACAAUAUUCCGUAUUGUUAAUUACGUUUUCCGUGCUUAUUGGUCUGGCUGUAGUAAUUGGAAUUAUAGUAUUUGUUUAUUUAUGUAACAGACAUUCUGAAGAAUACAUUACAGAUAAAAUAAAAUUAAAAGACGAUAUGAGAAAUUGCAUUGAAAUUGGAGAUAUGGCAAAUUCAAGAGAGAUUCUAAAUGAUGAAAUGGGAGAAAAAGAAGUCUCUGGUUUAGUUAAUGGAAGUGGAAAUCAUAUAAUUAAAAUGGAUGAAGAUGUGUGGGUUGUGCCUUUCUCUGAUAUUCCUUUAGAAGAAAGGAAUCCUCCUGAUAUGCAAGAUACUAGACUAUGAUCGAUAUUUUUGUGAUUUUUUUACUAAUUGGACGAAUUCGUGCAUUUCUAAAUGCAUGGAAAUUAUCGAAUUUCUUAUUCAAAAUUUUAUAUAAAAAAAAAA